GAGCGUCGGAUUAAGCCUUUAGCCGUGUAAAUGUAUUUGAGUGAAGUACUAUGGGUUUGCUCGAAUACGAGACUCUAUACAGCGGUAUUAAUCCCAAAGAAACACCAUUGACUGAAUGAUUUACAAAAGGAUAGUGUAAGUAGUGGAUAUUGGCACAUGGAUUUUGGCAAAGUAAAAAAGACUGCGAUCCAUGUUUUCUCUGUGACAUCCUUCAUCGAGUUCCGUAUAAUUGUCGACAAGCAGAGUUAACCUUGAAUGAAACAACGCGAUAACAAAAUCAACCGGAGACGAGUUUCGCCGGCGAGUUUCGGCGUCCAGUGCCGAUAUACGACCAGGGUGAGCUGUUAAUAAGAUGCUUUACGGUUCUACUGCGACUCAUAUUCAAUGAAUUGCUGGUGUGGCUUGAAAGGACACGACGCAAGAAAACAGGAAAUCAGAAAAUACACUCUGAAGUGAGUAGAGACCAAAUCAUGGAGAAUGCCUCCCUUGGCGAUUAAGGUACUGGUAGCUGCUGUAGUUUCUAUUUCAAUAGUCGCGUCGACAAAGAACUUCUGUCCAGAAAAUGAAGUCGCACUAUUGCCAGAGAUUUUUCUGGCACAGUUCACAGCUCAGCACAACGUUACCAGUUUGGUAACACGCGGAACAUGGUUUGAAAUUCCUUCCCUCGAGACCUGUGCGAAAUUCUGUGUGGAAUUGUCGAAAUCUAAAGCAUUCGAGUGUGGAGCCUUUCAGUUUUCUGUCUCCGGGAAGUGUUUAAUCCUGCCACAUCUAUGCAAUGAUGAUUUACAGAAGGAGACUGGAACAAGAUUGUAUAGUCUAACAGAAACUUUUCAUCUUUUAGCGUUGAACGUCUCCGAGUCAUGUGCUGGCAGAUCAACAGACACGAUAAUGUCAUCCUUAACUACUCAAACAGCAAGUACCAUAGCAACAAGAACUCUAAACGUUUCCAAGGAAACAGUCAAUCAUCUAAGUACUGCAUCAGCGCAAAGUACUUUAGAAAAACCAACCGUCACGGUUUCAGACAGAACAAGUAGCUCUGUUGGGAUUACAACAGUGUUGAGCAAAACUGUUUCUAAUUAUUGGCUGUCAGCGUCCUCUGUUAUGUCAAGGAGCCUUAUAGUGAACUUAACAGCACCUGCUAGUGGCAUCUCGUCGGCAUCGAGAGACGCAAUUACUCCAUCCCCAACAUUAAUAGGAUCCUUAUCGGUGUCUGUCGGGCGUAAAGCCGAAAUGCCGGGAUACUCUAUAAUCGCUACAUUACGGCUGCCUUAUUUAACAUGGGAUAUGGACCUCAGCAACUCUACCAGUAGUUUAUUCAUCAGCCAGAGUUCUUUUAUCACUUCUAGCGUUCAACACCUUUUUAGAAAUAUAUCAUCUUUUCAAGAAGCCAUUUGUCACAGCUUUUGGAAUGUUUCCUCACAAGUAUACAAUAACCUCACCAUCUUGUUUGCAUCUGACGUCACGAUGUCAGAGUACAAUGUUUUGUAUGGGGCGCUUUACAGAGAUCAUCGGAUCAACGUACUUACAGUCAUCCCAGUUCUCGAUAACAUUCCAGCUAAGCCUCCAGAGAAUAUAACUGUUGCCCUGACUACGUCAACUUCUGUCAUGGUUAUAUGGUCUGCAAGUGCCCAAAGUUAUCCAAAGCUUUUGGAUGUGUGGGGAUACAGGGUAUUAUACGGGGUACAAGGGCAAGGCAUGAACCUUUCCUUGGUCGUUAAUGCCACUACCAACAGCGCCCAGUUAACUGGCCUUGAUGGGUCUACAAAUUAUACAAUAGCAGUACAGACUGUCACUUCAAGAGGGUUUGGAACUCCAAGCCUUUGGGUUAACGCCACCACAAAGCAAGAGGGGAUGAUUCCUCAAGAAGUUCAUGUUGUUCUGCACCUGUGGAAUACUAGCUGGGUCUCUACCCUAUCAAACAGUUCAAGUGCAGAUUUUGUAUCAUUAUCAAAUCAAAUUCAGAGAGAGAUUUAUAUUUUGUACAAAAAUAGUUCUUACAUCGAGGAACUUAUAAUCAAUGGAUUCAGUCCAAUAGAAAAUUCAAGCGUUUUAGUAAUUUUUUAUAUCAAGCUUCAUACAGAGGCAAACCAGUGGAGAAUACUUUAUGAGGCGCUGUACACCCGACAAAUUCUCGGUAGCAUUCCCCUACUGCCAGUCCGUGACACAAUACCUGGUAAACCUGCUGAAAAUGUUACCGCAAUGUCUCCGAGUCCAGACAGCCUAUUAGUCACGUGGGAUCACUCAAAUUCCUCCCACUGCGGCUACGUGCUUUACUACCAGCUCAACACCUCGUCUGACGUCACUAACAUCACCUUGAACGCCUCAACGACGGUCACCAUGGUGAGGGGAUUACAUGGGCUCUCACAAUACCAGAUAUGGUUAAGAUCGAUGACGUCCAGGGGGCUGGGAAUACAGAGUAAGAAGAUCGCCGCGACAACGCUCGAGAAAUACACCACCAUCAAUGUGACAUUUGUCAUUCUUGAUAUGAAUUGGACAAUGUUUACCAACAACUCGGCCCAAAUCUGCGUACAGAUUCAUUCGAAUGUCAGUUUGCUGUUCACCAAUGACUCAAUAUUUGAUGACGUCAUUUGCAAUUCGUUUAGGAACUCCAGUAGAGGUGUUCUUACAGAUAUUGGGGUCAUCUUUGGACAGCAGGUUGGAAUGGUUCAGUUUGCGUCUCUGUACUCCGCCCUGUAUGAACAUAGAGUGAUCGGAAUACUACGGAUAGAGCCAAUAUCGGAUAACAUUCCAGGAAGACCGCCUUUAAGUAUCACUGCGUCACCUUCAAGUACUACCAGCUUCAACGUUACCUGGCUACUCCCACAGCCACACGAUUUCCUGGCGAUAACUUUAUUUCAGCUAACAUACCAGUUAGCUGGGAGCACAGAAAACCAGACAGAAAUUGUCUCACCAAAUGCAACUGAAAUUAUCAUUAAAGACCUUGAGAGAUUCAGCUGGUAUAGACUAUGGAUCACGCCGGUGACCGACAGGGGCCUGGGGAUAGAAAGUGAACCUGUGCAAGCAAGAACCUUGGAAGAUGUUGUUCCCCAAGAGCUGACUGUGCGAUUUCCAUUGCUUUCUUGGAACGCUAACCUGUCCGAUAGUAAAAGCAAACAAUUCGAAGACCUUUGUAAAGUGAUGCAGGAAGAUAUGCUUGCGCUGUAUUCGAACGACACCGAGUUUAGAAAUUUGUUCUGCCAAGAUUUCAGGAAUGCUAGUGUUGUGGCUGAUUUGACUGUUGUGUAUGGACAGAAUGUUGGUAUGAGCCAGUUUGCUACGUUGUAUAAUGCCUUGUACGUUGAUGGCAAAUUCUUCAACCUCACUGUGCUUCCUCUCGUCGACUCAGUUCCAGGUAAACCUCCAGUAAAUUUGACCGUGAGAGCUCUGAGCUCAACCUCACUAGAAGUCACGUGGGACUGCAGCGACUGUCAUGAUACGAACAACACCAUUGCUUUUCUUGCCACUUAUCGCGAGACACAUGGCAACGAGAACGUCACGCGAGGAGUCACCGUGAACAAGACCGCUAGACUCGUCAAUAUCACGGGCCUGGAGCCCUUCACCGAGUACGCAGUCUGGGUGAAUAGUGUGACUAUCAGAGGGAAUGGGAUCCAGUCUGGUCCUGUUAACCAAACUACUCAGGAGGAUGUUCCUAGCCUCCCACCUUCGAACCUUCAGGCCUGGAACCUGAGCAGCACUAGCUUGAACAUUUCGUGGGCGGCAGUGCCUUCUGGUAACCACCACGGAAUACUCCUGGGCUAUAACGUAACAUACCGCCGCGCGGGGCAUGCGAACCAAAGCCUUAACUACGUCAGGACUAACACGAGCAACGUCAUGCUGACGUCAUUGGAAAAAUACACAUGGUAUGACGUACGGGUUGCGGCGUUUACACGAGUGGGGCCUGGGCCUGCUGUAAACGUCACUGUCAGGACGGAUGAAGAUAUUCCCAGCCUUCCACCAGCAAACAUCACCGUUCACAAUACCACCUCCACGAGCCUGCUAGUGUCCUGGGACCCAGUCCCAUCAGGCUUUGCGCAUGGAGUCGUCCUAGGUUACCGCGUCAUGCAUCGGCGGUUUAAUUCCAAUACAUCGUACGGGGUGACCAACAUAAGCUCUGGCACCCGUGAAACGGAUCUGGUCGGGUUGGAAAAGUUCACAGUGUAUGAGGUUCGAGUGCUGGCAUUCACGAGGAAGGGAGAUGGAGCCGUGAGCAACACAACAGACGCUCGCACGGACGAGGACGUACCGAGCCUCGCUCCUGGUAACCUACAAGCCUACAACACAAGCUCAACUUCGCUCAACAUCACCUGGAACCCAAUACCAUUCCCCUACGUCCAUGGUAUUUUGCGCGGUUACAGAGCAAUGUACCGGGAAGAGAGUACCGCGAAUGGCAGCUAUAGUAACGUGACGUCAUUGCAGAAACACGUGCUGAUAACUGGCUUAAAGAAGUUCACGCGUUAUUCUAUACACGUGCUUGCGUUCACCGUAAAGGGUGAUGGUGUUAUGUCAGAAGCCGUCAACAUCUCCACUGAUGAAGACCGACCCAGUCUCGCCCCCGUCGGUCUCGCCGCCCAAAACACCAGCUCCACAAGCCUUCUUAUCUACUGGGGCCCAGUCCCCUCGGGACACGUCCAUGGAAUAUUGCGCGGUUACAUUGUGUAUUACACACGUGUCAACACCAGCAAUACCAACUUUACUGCGGUAAACACCACCAUCCACACUACCCUCUAUGGUCUGAUGAAAUACACAAGAUACAGGGUAACCGUCACGGCUUUUACGAUAAAGGGAGAGGGACCGCUGGCCGACAACAUUACGGUCUCGACAGAUGAAGAUGUUCCCAGUCUUCCCCCGUCCAAUAUUCGUGCACAUAACACCAGCUCUACAAGUCUACAAAUAGAAUGGGACCAAGUCCCUCUCGGCCACGUCCAUGGAAUUUUGCGUGGUUACCGGAUAUUUUACCGCGAGACGACCGGAAGUGAUGUCUACCUCAAUUUUACCACGGACACGAGGAAACUGGAGAUUAAAGGCCUCAGGAGGUGGUGGUGGUAUGACGUCAGAGUGCUGGCUUUCACCAACAAGGGCGAUGGAGCUGUGUCGGAGAACGUCACCGUACGCACGGACGAAGAUGUUCCCAGUUCUCCUCCACAAGGAGUCUUCUCCUACAACACCAGCUCCACCACAGUGAACGUCACUUGGUCUAACAUCCCACAUGGAAAGAUACACGGCGUUUUGUUGGGAUAUCGCGUGUUUUACACAGCAGUUGCUCAGAUGGAGCUCGUCUCUUAUGGUAUCGCUGCGAGAAGACGCCGCGAUUUGCAUACAGGGGGAGUGGUCUAUCGUUAUUUAGAAAACGGAAUUCAUAAGAUACGGCGGGCAAAUUCCAAGAAUAGAUCGAUGGUGCGGUCACGCCGGUCUCUCGCUGACAUGCGUAGUACACCUCCAACAAAGAUGCAUGUAGAAUUGUCGAAUCUACAAAAGUUUACCCAAUACAGCAUUAGAGCCUUGGGGUACACCCGUAUCGGUGAUGGAAUGCCAAGCCCUUCUUUUAUGGUUGCCACUGAUGAGGAUGUUCCAAGUCAGGCCCCCACUAGCCUCUGGGGCUACUACACCGGUUCUACAAGCCUGCAAGUCCGAUGGGGCGUUGUUCCACGAGGAUACGUUCACGGCAUACUAAUGGGCUACCGCGUUAAGUACAGAGUGACCGGUGAGGCGGCCAUCACUGUCUCGACAAUGCCACCCGAGAGGGCCAUUGUUGACUUAAAGGGUCUUAGAAAGUACACGGAAUAUACUAUCACAGUCUUGGCCUUUACGCGGAUCGGCGAUGGAGUGGAAUCUGGUCAGAUCUAUGUCAGGACCGACGAAGAUAUUCCCACGCAAGCUCCGCCAUCUGCCAGCUCCAUCGACAGAGACGGCCCCACGCAUAUCCCCAUCACAUGGUCUCCUGUCCACUCUGGCCAAAUCCACGGCAUAUUGCAAGGCUACAUGAUCAACUAUGCAAUCAUCAACAUGGCGGAUGAAGAGACCACGGGACCGACGUUCAGCAAGACAGUAGGCCCGGGUAGCACGUCGACGGUACUGAGUGGGCUGCAGAGUUUUGCGGUUUAUGAAAUAAAGAUUGCUGCAUUUACGCGGAAGGGACUGGGGCCCUGGCGAACCAUAACCGGAAGGACGUGUAACUGUUUACCCGAAAUCAGGACAAACUGGUGGAUACAUCCCCCGUACGUGCGGCAAGACCACCCCACAACCAACAUUACAAGCAAGGAGUACAUUUCCCCGAUAUACGGGAUAAUCCCUCCGGUCAUUAGCGCAGCGGUUAGGUCUUGUUGUAGGGACUGUCCCUUGCACCCUGACGCGUCACGUGUCAACUACGAAAAAGACAGCCAUAAUAAUUCUGCCAAGAAGUCAGGGCUGCUUACAGUCAAGGUGAACAUUGACAACAGCAACUGCCUGCAUUUUCCAAUUAGCGGUAUCAGCACGCAGGACAAGUACUACAGCCACGAUGGCGAGUACGAGUUUGUGUCGAUCAUGGAGACAAACGGUGCGGCGUUUAUCGUAGCCGACAAGCGGAAGAUCCAUAACGAAGUGUUUAUGGCCAUCUUGGGCUGCUGGCCGACGGCAGUAUUUGUACUGGUGGCAGCUUACCUCUCAGGCAUCGUCAUGUGGAUGGUGGACGUCCGCUUCAACCCCGUUCACUUCCCGCGUAGUUUUAUCGCUGGUUCCAUGGAAGGAUUUUGGUGGUCUUUUGCUACCAUGACGACUGUCGGAUAUGGUGACCGCAUCCCGAAGUCCGUGCCGGCGCGGAUUUUUGCUCUGACGUGGACGUGGAUGGGUAUCGCGACGAUUGCAGUCUUGACGAGUACCAUCACCGCCUCGCUAAUGAGCAUGGUCUUCAAGAGUGACCUGAUACUCUACGGCACGCCGGUGGCUGCCAUUGACAAUUCUUCUGAAUUCAAACUCGGAGUCAGACGAAAUGCUAUACUGAACGUCAACGGUCGCAAGUACGGCAAUGUUCGUGAGAUUUAUGACGACUUACAGAGCGAGCGCAUUCACGCUGCACUCAUCGACUCGUACGCCACGGGCAGCGAGGAGCACCUGUUCAACAAGGAAUGGCUGCGCGUCAAGGAAGUCAUUAAGCCUAUAUUCAAGUCCAGCUAUGGAGUAGUGUUAAGCGGAGACGCGCGAAAGCUCGCCCGCUGUAUGAGAGAUCACGUGAACUCCGAGCGCAGCACUAUAUCCAAAUUGGUGGAGAACAACGUCAAGCCUAUAAAGGCGAGUGGUGUCGCGCCCGCGAUCAAGACCUCUGGCAGCCUGCUGACCUCUGAGUCAGACCUGUUUCUUCUCACCCUCAAGGUGCUGGGCGCGGCGCUCGGCGUCAUCGUCUUUAUUGCUCUUGUCUGGGAAUUUGGCUAUCGUCGCCGGCUACUGCGCAAGAAAGUGAGCAACUCAGAAAAACUCGGACUAGAAAAGGCGUGGCCUAUUUGGGUCAAUCUCACAGCUGACGAAAAAUAUCGACUAAUCAGAGAAGACUUGAGAAAGGACCUUAAAGAUUUCUACGAGUCAUUCAAAAGAACUUACGAGCGGUUGAAACUGAAGCACGCACUACAGCUAGAGGCACUGAAGCAACAGAAGAAAGGUGUUUAUUCGUUCUCAGUUCACGAGUGGAUUGGAGAUCGUAGUGCGACAUACGCCGUUACCAAAGACUGUGAUGUGAAUUCCAUUCUGGAUGGCCUUGACUUGUCCAUGUUUGACAACAAGGAUAGAUGGGACGAUAAAGUUUGACUCAUGUAAUGUAGCCUGCAGGCUAAACUACACAAGACAGAGGGGGGGGGGG